GGAAAGGGUCGUGAGGGGUCAGACGGGGUUAUUAGGGAAUAACCCUCCAUGCAGUGUUAGGUAGGGACCGUCUGGAUUAGUGAUGCAAAUGUCAUAUAUCUGAUCAAUGGCUGGGCCUUCACUUUGUCUCAAUCCACCUUUUAUUUUCAGUCACGGGGGAUCAUCACUUGGGGAAAUUCGCUUUUAAACUCGCCGGGCGCCGAAAUAAAUGAAAGUUAUGGCUUCAGAUGCUCAUAGAAAAUAAUAAUAAUAACAAUAACAACAAUAAGCCUAAUAAUAAUAGACCUAGUAAUAAUAAUAAUAAUAAUAAUAAUAAUAAUAAUAAUAAUAAUAAUAAUAAUAGGCUAAUAAUUGGAAUAUUGCUGGGAAACGCGCAGAGACAAAGUGAAUACCACAAAGCACUCAUUCGAAAUAACGAAAAUAUCGCGGGAUCAAAUUCUGCCACCAGAACUACGUAGAUCUGGGAAACCAGAACAUUUUUCUGACGACUAUACUAAGACAACGCGCAUGCAGCCACCUGCAGUUGACCCCUGUGUGGAAAUAAUUAUAUAUAUCCGCUUUUUGUAUCUAUAGUGAGGCAGUUUGACCCCGUUUGAAAUCAAAUGGUCAGAUGACACGUUUGUCGUGUUCCGUGUGAGUAAUAGUCCUUGUGUUUCAUAGUGAUAAACAUUGAUUCAAUCACAGCUUUUGUUAAACCUUGAAUUACUUCCUUUAGAACAAACAAUAUUUGUAGAGCUAUCAAACCGGCUAUCCAGAGGACUAUCUAGGACACUAAUCCGUGACAUUCAGCUGCGCGUUAGAUAGCUUAAAUAAACUUUUUUCUCUCACCAGAAAUUCAAGGGAUCAGUGUUACAAUUUUCCUAUAGGAUUAAACAGAUCUUCCUUUGCUGCUGAAUGGAGGUAGGGAACCUAGCGUUGCCCGGCCCUAAAGGCCCAGGGUGCCCUUUUGAUCAUUUCAGUCUCUCCUUGGUGCAAUACUUCUGAUUGGCCAGGAGAGUAAGAAGGGGGAAAAUCUUUAAUUAAGCAGAUAAUCUCUUGUUGGGACAAGAGGAGCUCCAUUUCAGAGCCCCCUCCCUGAAACCCUGGAAGCCCCUGGUGAAGUUUCAUGUGCUGGUAGCUCAGUUUCCUCUCCAUCGUUAGACUGUGUGCAGGCUUUGGACGGGCUCAGAGUCACCGUCACCCCCCUCACCUGUCAGGAUGUUCAUGCAUUUGGAGGUUUUCUAUUACAUUUUCAUUCUCCUGGCUCACAUGAGGUCCUAUUGCUGCUGGUCAGUGAAUAAUUUCUUGAUGACUGGACCCAAGGCGUACCUGAUCUACUCCAGCAGUGUGGCAGCAGGAGCUCAGAGUGGUAUAGAGGAGUGCAAAUACCAGUUUGCAUGGGACCGCUGGAACUGUCCCGAGAGAGCCCUGCAGCUGUCCACACACAGCAGCCUGCGUAGUGCAAAUCGGGAGACUGCGUUUGUUCAUGCCAUCAGCUCUGCCGGAGUUAUGUACACUUUAACCAGGAACUGCAGUCUCGGAGACUUUGACAAUUGUGGCUGUGAUGACAGCAGGAACGGACAACGAGGUGGUCAUGGUUGGCUCUGGGGUGGCUGCAGUGACAAUGUUGGAUUCGGCGAGGCCAUCUCCAAACAGUUUGUGGAUGCGUUGGAGACUGGGCAGGAUGCACGAGCAGCCAUGAAUCUCCACAAUAAUGAGGCUGGGCGCAAGGCUGUAAAGGGGACCAUGCAGAGGACAUGUAAGUGCCAUGGGGUGUCAGGAAGCUGCACCACUCAGACCUGCUGGCUGCAGCUGCCAGAAUUCAGGGAGGUGGGGAACUACUUGAAGGAGAAGUACCACAGGGCUCUGAAGGUGGAUCUUCUCCGGGGAGCGGGAAACAGCGCGGCCAGUCGGGGGGCCAUCGCCGAGACCUUUAGCUCCAUCUCUCGUAAGGAGCUGGUCCACCUGGAAGACUCCCCAGAUUACUGUCUGGAGAACCGCACCCUAGGGUUACCGGGCACAGAGGGCCGCGAGUGCCUCAAGAAGGGCAAGAACUUGAGCAAAUGGGAGAAACGGAGCUGCAAGAGGCUGUGCGGAGAGUGCGGGCUGGCUGUGGAGGAGCGCAAAGCUGAGAUGGUGUCGAGCUGUAAUUGUAAAUUCCACUGGUGCUGCGCAGUAAAGUGUGAGCAGUGCAGGAAGACAGUGACCAAGUACUUUUGUGUAAAGAAAGGAGGUCAGAGGGGAAGGAACGAGAGCGCUGGCAGCCGCCGGAAGAACCUCAGACUGAGGAAGAAGCACUGAGCGUCUUCAUCACUUCUGUCAUGAUAUUUGUACCACUGUAGCUCCUGUCUACACUCAAACUCCCUGUGCAUGUUCACAUAGUGUGUGUUUUGGACAAAAGCUUAGAAAAAAAAUACAAUUUCAGACCAUCUUCAUUGUCUUUUUGUAUUUAAAGUUAGACAGUGAGAUGUGCACAAAGCCAGGUGAUAGAGAGGUUUACAACUUUGUAGAUUUUUUUUGGUAUAAAUGUAUUUAAGAUAUAUUUUUAUACUUUUAAAACCAUUUUUUUUUUUUACAACAUUUUGAGAAGUGACUGGGCAUUUGAGGAGUAUUUCUCUGACUUCAAAAUUUUCUAAAACAUGAUUUAUUUAUUUUCUAUACAUAUACAUAAACCUUUGGGGAAAAUUAAACAAUGGCAUAAUUAGCUUUUAAAAAUCACAAUUUUCAAAAACCAGUCGGUUGUAUUCCCAUGAAUGAUGAAGACAAGUUCAUCUCACUAGACAACUAUCACUGCCAAGCGCUGAAUUAAUUUUGAAACAUUUAGAUAUUUUUGAAAACAGUCUUCUCUCCCAUUGUAGGCUUGCCCUGACCUUUGCUGCCCUCUUGAUGUAUUUAAUUGUAUAUAAAAUGAAGCACUUUUUACUGUACAUUGUUAAUUUAUUGCACAGCAUUUCCUAGUUUUGCAUUAUUGUUAGUUGCCUUUGUGAUUUGUUUUCUAUUCAAAUGUAAUGAAAGAAUAAUAAAUCCUUCAGUCUUAUAUAU